UAGAAGCUGACAGGAAGGGGCGGAGCGCCGGUGGCAGCCAAGCGCCACACUGGAGCAAGCAGCGGCUGCGGGACACGCAGGUGUGAGCUGGGGGGCCGCUUUACCCUCUGUUCCUGGCUGUGGCACAGGGGUCUGCGGAGGCUGCGGGGACCUUGCCUUCAGGCGCUGGGCGGGCGGUGACAGCUGGUCCAUGGCCCCGGCGGCGACUCUGUCUUCCUUGGCCAUCAGGGCUUCAAACCCGCCAGUGGCCCCCACUUCAUACGGGGUCUUUUGCAAGGGGCUCUCCCGCACCCUGCUCGCCUUCUUCGAGCUGGCCUGGCAGCUGCGCAUCAACUUCCCCUAUUUCUACGUCGCAGGCUCUGUGAUAUUGAACAUCCGCUUGCAGGUACACAUAUAAAGCCGGUAGCAAGCUGCUGGCCUCCGGAGGCCGGCAGGAUGGCGGACUCCCAGGAGGCCCCCGGGCGCAGCGAAGCUGCUGGGGACGAGCCCCGCAAUCUCGCGAGAUUUCGAGGGCGCCGUCCGCGAGUGAACUCUCCGCGCCGAGCCGUCCCGGAACUGUGGGGGAAAUCCCGUGGGCUUUAGGCAGCGGAGAGACGCUGUUCCGGGAAGGGAGACCUUCGGCUAAGACCCAGGAAAAUGGUUAAGAAGCUGUGUAUCCUUAAAAUGAACUCCAGACAGAUUUCGGGAUAUGAGAAAGGGCACAGAAUGCGUUAUGAAAAAAGGAAGGCCAAAUUUUUCAGAAAAACUGUUAAAUGAAAACAGACUUACUGUGUAACUUAAAAUGAAGCUAUCAGUGGACUUCGGAAAUACUGGACCGGAUUGUAAGCGAAUAACCAUGGUAUUGCGGAUAUGAAGUGGAAGGCCUAUAUUUCUUCACCCCAGAAGAAAACGAUACCAAAAUUCUCAGUGAAAAACAAACUAUACAAGAAAAACAUCCUCCAAAUACUGGACCUGAAACGCUGCAGAAUUUUGAACAAAUGGUGGAAGCGGGAGAAAAUGGACUCUACCUCAGUGUCCCUGUGAACAGCGCUUGGAUUAGGACCUUGGAGCUAAAGAAAAGGAAAUCCAGUCAUAGCAUAAAACUUGGCUAUUUUGUGAAUAACAUUUAAAUAAUUAUAAUGGAAAUGUUGUGUAUGAUUUUCAUCUUUAAAGGAAUACUUAAUCAUGGCUGCAGAGUAGAAUGUAAAUUGUUAUCCUUGAUGUACAAAUACAUGGACAAGUGGCAAUGUUGGAAGAGGGAGAGGGAGGUAAAUAAAAUGGUUCUGGUGUCCUUAAAAAUUGUGAAGUUGAGAGAGUGCAAUCUGUUCUGGAGGAGAAAGAAGAUCUUAUUAGCCUUAAAGUUUCUAAAACAGUAAUGUAAGUAUUAAAGGGGAAAGUUGGUAGGGAGAAGAGUAUGAAGUCAACCGGAAAUGCUGGAAGAUGGUAAAUUCAAGUGAGAUUUCUAAAAAAAACUGUUAAAGCACCCGGUAUAUUUGAAUAUAUUAGAGAUUUUUUGUUGUUCAAAGUCUGUGAGUGAAUUAAUAAUUACAGAUUUUUCAAAUUUAAGAAAACCAAACUGGUAAUAAA